AUGGAUUCACUACUUGGCGGGAGGAGCUUUGGAAGAGCAGACGAUGACGAUGAUAAAAAGAAGCGUUACUUCAGUAACGCAAGACGCCAUUAUAAGCCCUCCAGAUCUUCCAGUGCACCAUAUAACGUAUGGCCGAAACGACUUCUGUCCCCUACUAAGGGGAUAUUCACGCUGAUAGCCAUUUUCUUUUUCGUAUUCUUAUUGUAUCCUGGCUCCGGCAAUCGAAAAAACAACAAGAUAGUACUCAAGAACCAACCACUGUACGAAAGGCAUGAAAGUACAUGCACAGCGACGCUUUGCAAUCCUAGUAACCGAUGCUCGACUUGGAAACCAAAUCAAAAAUACGCCUGGUCUGAUCUAUCAAAUGCUGGCGUGUUCCGUGAUUUGUCCACUAUCCAGUUGAGCGAAGGGUGCCGACUCAAGGUCAAGGUGGAAGGACGAGUGGAUGAUGGAGAAUGGCUGACAAUACCAGAAGGACAGACACAGUGCACAGAGUCAGGAUACGGUGUCAAGUGUCGCAACUUUGUCGAGAUGGAUCUGCGAGCUGAUAUACUGAUUGUUGCGCAACAAAUGAAGAAGUUGAUGAAUGACAGAUAUAGUCAGAGCGAAGAAAUUGUGCUGGUUCAACGUGCAAUGAAGGAGGAACAUUCUCCCAAUGUAGACGUAUCCAUGAUCAGUCAGUUUUCAGUCAACAGAUUGGAUACAUUCAAAAAAGCUAUCGAGGCAUGGACAGGACCCAUUUCAGUAGCCAUAUACUUGACACAGUCAACAGACAUUGACGAUCUCAUCAGCUACUUUGAAAACGAAGACAACCUGCAGACUUAUUCUCGAGUUACAAUCACACUGGUCAAACCCAGUUAUCUAGACAACUCGCAUUUGGCAUACCCUAUCAACCAUCUCAGAAACAUUGCCAUCACCGAAUCAUCUACAGACUACAUCUUUGUGAUUGAUGCUGACUUCACGCCUUCCAGCAAUGUAUACAGCUUUUUGCGAUCUCGUCUUCUUCCCUUCAUCAUGUAUCAAGCUGGAAAAAUGCCAGAAACAGCCUGGGUAGUUCCUUGCUUUGCUAUCCGUGAAGACUUUAGCGACCUACCGAUGCCACAAACGUACAAUGAAUUACGGCAGCUUGUUGGACGCAAUAUUGCUUAUAUCACUGAUCCUGGAGCUGGUCAUGGACCUACACUAGCGGCAGAAGUUGCCAUGGAUAGACCCUUCUUGCAUGGCAAUCCAUUGGCCUAUGAAGUAUGCUUUGAAUCACAAUGGGAGCCUUACUAUGUUCUACAUCGUUCAGCACCUUUAUACGACGCUCGUUUCAAGAAUCAAGGUGGAGAUAAGCAAUCGCAUACAUUGCACUUGAAUGCUGAAAAGUAUCGAUUCAUGGUACUACGAGAGGUUUUCAUGAUCCACAAGGAUCACUCAGCGUUAGUCUGGCCUGGAGGAGGAUUCGAAAAAUCGCAAAGAGCAGCUACCAACUGGAAUUAUUUUGAGGAUUUUAUGAGGGAAAUCGAGUAUUUGUAUGGCUCAAGUGCUCGAUGGCCUCGCGGAUGUAGUGCAGAAGCUAUCGGUUGGCAAGACCAACGCAGAGAUGUGCUUGGUUUGGCAGCAGGUGCUGUGUAG